AUGCGUCUACCCCUGAGAGUUUCAUCUCUCUGGGUUUUGUUUCUCGCUGAACUGGUCUCUGCUACGGAAUACAUCACCACCGCGGCGCUGCAAGAAUGUCAAGCCAACUCUGCCAUCAGCGUCAGCUACUUUGCCGCCCAACUAGACCGAACUGGCGAGCUUAAUCUCGCUUUUGUUGGAGAUGUGUCGAUCUCCGGCAAGAUCACAGCCGACAUCCAGCUGUUGGUGUAUGGCUACAUGGCCGUCAAUGAGACCAUCAAUCUUUGUUCUCUAGGCGUGGACAGUCUGUGUCCGGUCUCAUCCGGCUCGCUUGAUAUCCCCCAGGCUUCCGUGAACAUCUCGUCAAUCCUUAACGAUGUCCCUGGAAUUGGAUACACGGUGCCCGACCUAGAUGCUACAAUCAAGAUCUAUGUAAAGAAUCAAACAACGGGCGGCAAUAUCGCAUGUCUGUCUGCCGAUCUUUCUAACGGUCAUACUGUUGAUCAACCCGCAGUCUCAUGGGUUCUUGCAGUGAUCGCCGGCCUAGGCCUCUGUGGGUCCGCGCUCUCCUUCAUCAGAGGUCACCUCAAUACCGCCACACACUUGUCUUUCUACGCGCUCGCUCUUCUAGACCUGAUGCAGUCUCAGGCCAUGAUCGGCCUCAGCUCCGUCAAACUUCCGCCCAUAGCACAGUCAUGGACACAGAUGUUCCAAUGGAGUAUCGGAAUCUUACAUAUUGGCUUCCUACAGACCCUCUGCACCUGGUACUUGCGUGCAACCGGAGGUACACCGUCCGACAUAAUGACAGAAUCAAAAAGUGUCUCCGUGGUUACGCAAAAACGCAGUCUUAUCGAUGAAACCACCCAUAUCUCAACAAAUCUUCUCAAAAGAGCGACGACAUCCAUUUCAAGCACUUCAACCACCUCAACCGGAUCAGAAAUCUACCUGAAGGGUAUCCGCCGCAUGGCCUAUCGAGCCAGAAUCGAACCCACCAACAUAUUCAUGACCAGCUAUUCCAUGUUCAUUUUCUUCGGAUGCCUAACGGUAUUGGUGGUACUGGCUUUCAAAUUUAUAUGCCAAGCCCUCAGUAAAUCAAACAAGCUCCCUGACCGACUUCGAUUCGCCGCAACUGGUCUACCAACCACCAGCCGAGGAAUUCUACUCCGUUUCAUCACGCUCGUCACACCGUCAGCAGCAGUGUUUUGCUUUUGGGAGUUCACUCGACUCGAUUCGGCCGGCGAGCUUGUCCUGGCUAUUACAUGGUGGGCUGGAAUCACAAUCUGUCUAGGAUGGACGGCAGCCACAGCCAUGUUCCACGUUCACAAAUGCCGAAAAUCAGGCAUGGAUGCCACCUACGUUCUUUACUCAGGUCGGGAUAAACUAAGCCGGAAGCUGAGUUUCCUUCACGUUCACUACACCGCAAACACCUUUUACUUUUUCGCCAUUGCGCACCUCUACACCCAAGUCAAAGGCAUCGUCACCGCCGUCACCCAAUCCGUCCCAAAAACGCAGGCCGUCAUUCUCUUGGUUAUCGAUUUCAUCAUGGUGGCACUUGUCAUCUGGCUCCGCCCUUACAUGGAUAAAAGCAUGAACCGAUUCGGAAUCGCAACAGCCAUCUUUGGCUUCCUGAACUCAAUCUGUCUUCUCUUUUUCUCGGAAAUCUUUACCGGACCCGCAAUGAUGAACAGUGUUAUCGGAGUCUUGUUCUGCAUCUAUAAUGCGGUCUAUAUGCUUGUUCUGGUCAUUUUCCUUAUCAUGUCUUUCGUCUACGCCUUGGUCCUAAAGGACCCUGAACGUCGAUUCCAACGCAUCAGGGACAACCGCGACUCGUUUAUCGAUUUGCAUACCGCGGUUCCUGACGAGCUGGAGGAUUUGAGUGCCACUGCUCGUUCAGGUGAAGAGCCCAAACUCCCUCCGCAGUCAUCUUCGAGCCUCUUGCUCAAUUCUCACAACGAAGAGCACCCGAGGUCCCGUGAUACAUAA